AUGGUGGGGAGAGGUCGAGGAAGAGGGACUGGCCGGGGGGAGGGGCCAGCAGGGAGAGGAGUCGGUCGGGGGGUUGGACCGAGCGGGAGGGGAGUCGGUAGGGGAGAAGGGUUGAACGGAAGAGGGAGAGGGAGAGACGGCCAAGGAAGGGGAAGGGGCAGAGGUGAGGAAAACAUAGGGCGCGACCAUGACAAUCCGGAGGGGCACAGGGAGCCUGCGCGGCAGAAUCCGCAGUUUGAAGAGAUUUGGGAGGAUGGAGACCAGUUCGACCAGGCCGAGGGGUUGCACCCGUUCACUCAGAAUGUUAUGGGGGCAGUGAUGCCGGAGAAUAAGGUUUUCCCGUGGGUCGAGAAGUAUGGGGGCACAUCAGACCCAGUGAAGCAUCUGAGGUCGUUCGUGGAUGCCAUGGCGGUCUAUUCAUCCAAUGAGUUGGUCUGGUGCAGGGUAUUUUCUCUGUCUUUGAAAGAUGAGACUUUGGAUUGGUUUCACUCAUUGCCGCCUCGCAGCAUUGACGGGUUCGUUACCCUGAGGCAGCUGUUUAGCCAGCAGUAUGCCUCAAACCGUUCGCGAGGUGUGACUUACACGGCCCUUGUCAGGAUGAAACAAGGGCGGGAAGAAUCACUGAAGGGGUUUAUGGAGCGCUUCAACCGAACCGCUCGGCAGGUGCGGAAUGUAGACCAACGGCUGAUAGUAAGCGCACUCACGACGACGCUUAGGCCCGGCCCUUUCGUGGAUUAUCUGUAUGAGGAAGAACCCCAAUCUAUGGGUGAGCUGCAGAAUAAGCUGGCCGGGUUUAUACGAAUAGAGGAGGGGAGGUCGUAUCGCAACGAUCAGGGGGAGGAAGGAGGAACGAGAGAGAAGUCGGGGCGGGACCGAAGAGGAGAGAAACGACCGGUCGACGGGGAGCAUAGGAUGACGGUGAAGCGGGGGGCGGAAAUACAAAGAGCGCAACAGUAUUUCCAUCGCACUCCGUUGAGUGCCCCGAGGGAUUGCGUAGCGCUUAGGGACAAGUUAGAGAGUUUGGUACAGGCUGGCCACCUGAGGGAGUUUGUCCGAAGGGAGAAUCAUAACCCAAGAGGGGCCACGGGAAGACACAAGGGUCAAUUAUUGGUCGGUCAGAGGGCUCAGCCGACCGCCGAAAGGACGGAGGGCGAGGGAAGCGGAGACAGGCCUUUGAGGGGAGUAAUAAACACCAUUUCAGGCGGAUUUGCCGGAGGAGGGGCGUCCUCGGCCGCCCGAAAGCGACAUCUGAGGAACCUACAUAGCGUGAACAAGGUGGGGAUCGGCAGAAGAACCAUGCCGACCAUAACAUUCUCGGAUGAGGAUUUCCAUGCGCCGGACUCGGACCAGGACGACCCCAUGGUCAUAACGGCCAUCAUCGCUCGGUACAGUGUGGGAAAGGUGCUGGUCGAUCAGGGGAGUUCGGCCAAUAUCCUAUACUGGAAGACCUUCCAGCAAAUGGAAAUACCGGAUGAGUCCAUCAUGCCGUUUAACGAGUAG